UGUGACCUACUAAAAAUGGCGCUAUUGGCAACAUGUGCCAAGUCUGGAACAUUUGCAUUUUCAAAAUGUGGUGUAUUUAAACUAUGUUCCUCUAGCUAUAGCAUUGGGUUGAGUUUAAACAGAAACUAUGUCACCAAGAAAGAAAAGAUUGAUAUUCACAGUCUGCCACAGGCUCCUAAAAGACCUAUGACAUCUUAUUUGGAAUUCUAUAAAAAUCAUUAUAACGAAAUAGUAGAAAAUAAUAAUCUUCAAACAGACAAAAAGAAAGCCUCAAAAGCUGUACAGAUAUGUAGUGGUAUGUGGGAAUCUUUAGACGAUGUUACAAGGAAGGGGUAUCAAGACCGUGCAAAAGAAAGAUUAGAAGCUUAUAGCAAGGAAAUGAAAAAGUUCAAAGAUAGUCUUACUGCUGAACAAAAGGAAUUACUCAAGGAAGCAAAGAAACAAAUAAGAGAAGAAAAAAUCAAAAAGAAGGAGAAAAAAGAAGAAAAACAGAAGAAUACAGAACAUGGAUUACCUAAGAGGCCUUUAUCAUCCUACAUCAUUUUUGUGAACAGUAAAAUGCCAAAUCCAUAUUCUGAUAAGUCUGCUAAAGAAUUUAUGCAAAUGAUUGGACAUGAGUGGAAAGAAAUGUCUGAACAAGAUAAGCAGUCUUUUGAAGUACUUGCUGGUGAAGCUAAGGAAGAAUACGACCUGAAGAUGACAGAAUGGGUGGAAAAUAUGGUGGAACAAGGAGAUGGAGCAGAUGUUAAAGUAUCAUUAUUGCAAAAGGAAUUAGAAAAACUAGAAGUUCCAAAGAAAAAUAUGGGUGCUUAUCAAAUAUAUCGGCACCAACACAGGGAGGGACCACUUUGGAGUACAUUAUCAGAUGAAGAGAAGGAGAAAUGGCAUAAAAAGGCAGUAAAAGAACAACAUCGUUAUGAAAAAGAAAUGGAAGAAUGGUACCAGAAAAUUGAAGAUAAAGGAAAAACAGACUUUGUGGAGGAGGUGUUUGAGCUGAUUAAAGCAAAUAAAAAGAAACCAACAAAAAAAUAAUCAG